UCAUGAUUGCCUCAAACUCAAGAGUUCUAGUUUGGAGACACCUACGGUGUUUGCCUCGAGGUUUUCCAUUUUCAAAUUGCGGUCGCUGCCGUCCAUCAAGGUUGCUUCCUCUAACUUCGACUAUUCACCUCAAACCCAAAGCAGCAAGGGGAUUUCAUACUCAGCCGUUCCUUUGCACAUCAGCGAAUGAUACCUUGACUUCCGCCAAACAUGAUCCUAGUUUGCUCCCGAUUGCUUGCCCUGGCUGCGGUGCACUAACACAAUGGGUGGACAAAGAGCAGGCCGGUUACUAUACUAGGACUCGAAACGCUGUGAGAUCUUAUAUUCAGGAAGCUUCGAGGGAUCGAGAUGCUACAGGCACAGAAAAUGAAUUAUCUGCAGAAAGUACCGAUAUCAGUGCUAAGGUUAAAUCAGCAGACACAGCCUCUGGCGAAGAGUUGAAGCUGGCCAGCGGAAAAGAAGAGCUAGAGUUAGCCGCACCGAUUUUACCACUUUGUGACAGGUGUCACAGUCUCGUUAACCAUCGCGAGGCUUACCCCAUCCCCUACCCUCCACUAUCGUACAUUCGAGAUAUCAUGGAAGAAUCCCCCUGGCAUAUCAACCAUGUAUACCACAUUCUUGAUGCCGCCGAUUUUCCACUCUCCUUGGUCCCUGAUAUUUAUCGGGAUCUUUCUCUCCAGACCCAGCGAUCGCUGAACCGCAGAGCGAAAACCGUCACAUUUCGACAUGGAAAAAGGCAGACAGACGUCCAUUUCAUAAUCACUCGGGCGGACCUCCUGGGUGGCAUGAAAGAACACGUUGAUUCUUUGAUGACAUAUAUGACCCAAGUCUUAAGAGAUGCCCUUGGACCAAGCAGUGGCAAAGUCAGAUUGGGAAACGUACACAUGGUGAGCGCUCAACGGGGAUGGUGGACGAAGGAAGUUAAGAAAAAGAUAUGGGAAGAAGGUGGAGGAGUAUGGAUGGUUGGUAAAGCCAACGUGGGCAAAAGCAAUCUGAUUCAGGCUAUUUUCCCGAAAUCUCCCGAUGCUGCUCGCAAGUUAAGGGUAGAGGAAAAUUCCAGCCACUUAACCCCUGAGUUUGGACCCUUAGAUAUUGAAGAAAGUGGCUUAUUGCCCCCAGUGCAGAAUCAAUACGACUUCCCCGUUCUCCCCAUUGUAUCUUCCCUUCCAGGGACGACGGCUUCCCCGAUCCGACUUCCGUUCGGGCAGAAAAAGGGCGAACUCAUCGAUUUACCUGGACUUUUCCGUGGUGGAAUAGACGAAUAUGUUCAAGAUGGAUUCAAGUUCGACGUAAUCAUGACAAAGCGACCGAAACCAGAGCGUUUGACUGUAAAGUCGAGACAGUCCCUGCUACUAGAGGACCUUGUCAGGAUAACACCUGUCAAUUUCCAAAGCGUAAUUUUGGCAUCUCCGUUUGUACCGUUGACGCCGCAUGUUACCUCCACAGAAAAAGCAACGGAAGUGCUUCUCGGACAGCGCAAGCCUCCACAUCCACCGAUCGCCAAGAAAGGAACAAACAAAUGCAUCGCGUCAGCAGGAGUAUUUGAACUCAAAUAUGACGUGACAGAAAGAUACGGAAAGUCGGUCAAGCAGUCAAAGUACCAAGAUGGCGACAAUCUCACGGCUCUUUAUAAAAUCAUGUCAGUGGACAUCUUAAUUGAAGGGUGCGGAUGGGUGGAGCUCAUAACGCAAAUCCGUACGAAAGACUUUGUGGAAGGUGAGUUUCCCAAGGUCGAGGUCUUCAGUCCCAAUGGGAAAUGUGUUGGAAGCAGAAGACCUAUAUCUGCAUAUACAUUUUUGCAUGAGAAGAGAAAACAGGAUGCAAAGAAGGCAGGGCGUCGGAGGCGUUUCGGUUAA